AAGACCGCGCGGGGCUGGCCACAGGGGGGGUUCGCAGCGUGGAGACGACGGCCGGGCGGUGGGGGUUCUGAGGCGCACUCGGCCUUUGGGGCGCGGCGGCCGCGCAGCUGCUGUCGAACCCCGUCUCGGGCGGAGCCCCGGGGCACCUGCAGCAGGCUGCGGAAGCGGGCGCCUCCUUCCUGGGCCCUGAACACCGCCGAGCGGCCUGAGUGCGAGGCCGGGAGGAGGGGCGGGGACGAGCGGCCCGAGUUCCUGAGACCGGCGCCCGCCCAGCCAACCCUCUUUCCUCGGAGGCCGCGCCCCGCGCCGGGCUGGCGCUCGUGGGUUCUGCCCGCCGUGCCUUGCCGGGGCUCCCACGGGCGGGGUCCGCGAAAAUGAGGCUCAGCGGCAGGCGUGCGGGGCACUCUGGGUAGCGCUCCGGCGCACCCGGCCGAGGCGGGCAGGGGGCGGGGCCGGGCGUCGAGCUCCGCCCCUGCGCCCCAUUGGCCGGCAUCGUCCCCGCGUGCCUGACUGACAGCCGCGCGUAGGGGCGGGGCACCGCCACCGCUUCCACCGGGCCAUGGGGCCGAGCGUGUUGCCGCCGCCUCUGCUGCUGCUUCUGCCGGUGCUGCUGCUGGCGGCAGUGCCGUGCGGUGCCGAGGAGGCCUCGCCGCCGCGGCCCGCAGAGGCCACACUGUCGCCGCCACCGGCCGUGACGAACGGGAGCCAGCCCGGCGGUCCGCACAACAGCACGCACGCGCGUCCGCCGGGAACGUCGGGCUCGGCGCUGCUGCGCUCCCUCUACGUGAUCAUGGGCUUCUGCGGCCUUGCCGUGCUCUACUUCCUCAUCCGGGAGUUCAGGUUGAAGAAGCCUCAGCGGAGGCGAUACGGCCUCCUGGCCAACACCGAGGACCCCACCGAGACGGCCUCGCUGGACAGCGAUGAGGAGACGGUCUUUGAGUCUCGGAAUCUGAGAUGAUGCUGAGCCAGGGAGGCGACCUUUCCAUGAGGGAAGGACAGGAGACAGGGCCCACCCAGUGUCCAGCAACCCCCGCCCCACUGCUUAUUCUGCGGACCUCCAGGCUGGCCUCACCCAGUGCCAGCCUCACCCAGUGCCAGCCUCACCCAGUGCCAGCUUGAGAGUCCUUUUGGACCCUGUGCAGCCCGCCCUCCUGCUGCUGCCCACACCCGCCGCCAGACAGCACAGCCUCGCCUCCCGGA